CUUGCGAAUGCACGUAUAGUAAGCUAGCCGAUACAGUAUAAAAGAAAUAUAAAAAUGAGAAGGCCAAACCAAAUUUACUUUCAACGGACGUGGAAGAUAUCACCGAUGACACCAUUAUGUCUCAAAGGAUAUUCCGAGUUCUCGCAGAUAGUCUUCAGUAGGCAUUCCCUUCCAAGAUAUCCAGAGCUGAAUCGUCAAGAGAGAAGGAAAAUAAGCGUUGAAAGAAAAAUAAAGAUUAAGAUCAACGGAACGAUGAGAUUCGCUUACGUCCGGUUCCUCUUUCUCAUUUCCGGUUGCACUGCAAUUUCUCGAUCGGAAACAAGAGAAUACGAGAGAACUAGAAGUUUUUUAAGAGAGAAGAGACAUUUGCUUUUUCCUGAUCCAAAGGAUAGCGAAACAAAAGUUCAGGUGCUUUUUGGUCUUGGUCUACCGAUGGAGGAGGAUAUAUCGAUGACUCUCGGUUACGUGCUGAAGUGUAAUUACGAUCUACCCUACAAUUCGUCGGAUUUCACAAGAGCUCACGCACGAUUUAAAAAGUUCACCGACAACGCUCUACCGCAGGGAGAAAAACCAGAGCACCGAGGUUUGAGCCGUUGGACCCUCUACAGAAUGCUGGAAUCAGCGAUGGGAAAGCUAGGCUCCGGUAAGGCUUGUCUACUCCGUGCCGUUUGCGAAUCAGCGUCGAAUCCCUUCGAGAAAGGACGCGGACUCCUAGGGGAACUCUUGCACGUUCUACUUACGCCCUCAACGACCUUCGAAGAAUACGAAAUCUACUCCGAUCGCGAAUACUUCGCGGCCGAGAAGAUCGGGCGGAACUCCAAUGGGAGAUGCGGAUACUUUUAUUCGGAGUGCCAAUACAAUCCGUUAGAUUAUUUUACGAUCAUCCGUGCCCUCUAAGCAUCAACGAGAAAACAUCUGCCACGUUCUCUCUUUUACUAUUACUUUCUUACGUUAUUAUUCCGCAGAGCGGAUGCUCUCUAUACGAAUGAUUUUGUGCAAUAAAUGGUAUGCGAUGUGUGACUCAAGAAUUAUAGAGAAAAAUAGUAUUAUCAUGCAGCAGCAGUGAGUUCAUAUCGUAAAGGAUUAAAUAAGUAAAUACCAUUUCCAAUAAGAAUUUCAUUGUCGA